UGAGUUCUCUUUUCCCUUAGUCAAGAAAGUAUCAUUCUGUUAUUGCUUUCUAGUAUUAGUAGUAGUUUAAAACUCAUCUAAAUCAUUGGUUGCACUUAGAUUAAGUGAGUACUUGCAUUCUCGGUGCUUUGAUAUCCCUCAGAACUGGUUCGACAAUCAUUUAUACUACAACAUUUGUCUUAGGAGCCUUGAAAACUCCUAACAUCAAAGACAACAUCAGGGAGGAAAGGGAUGCGCUGAGAAAUCAGCAGAAGAACGACGUGGAGGCGCUGAACCGAGAGCGUGAAGAAUUCAUGAAUAAAAUGGUGGAGGAGCAUUCAGAGUGGCUUAGCAAGAUACAGCGCGAACGUGCUGACUUCUUGUUGGGUAUUGAGACACAGAAAAAAGAGUUGGAGUAUUGCAUUGAGAACAGACGAGAAGACUUGGAGAAUUCUUCGAGGGAGAGAGAGAAGGCUUUUGAGCAAGAGAAGAAGUUGGAAGAGGAGCGUAUACAGUUCCUCAGGGAGUCGGUGCAGAAAGAGUUAGAAAAUGUACAAGUGGAACUAAAGAGGUUGGAUUUAGAGAAGCUGGAGAUCAAAUUGGACCGUGAGAGGAGGGAGAGGGAGUGGUCUGAGUUGAAGGAUUCGGUUGAGGAGCUAAAGGUUCAACGAAAGAAACUAGAGACGCAAAGGCAUAUGCUUCGAUCCGAAAGAGAAGAAAUCAGACAUGAGGUUGAAGAGCUGAAGAAGUUGGAGAAUCUGAAAUUUACGUUAGAUGAUAUGUCAAUAGCUAGAAUGCAAUUGUCCAAUUUAGAGCGUAGCUGGGAAAAAGUGUCUGCAUUGAAGCAGAAGGUUGUUAUUACUAGGGACGAAGAACUAGACUUGCAAAAUGGAGUCAGCACUGUGAGUAAUAGCGAAGAUGGUUAUAACUCAAACAAUGGCUCAAGCCCUUCAUCCGCCACUCCAUUUUCAUGGAUAAAACAAUACACUAAUAUGAUAUUCAAGAAUCCUCCGGAGUCAUCCCUUCCAAUGCAUCAUCAUGAAGGAGCAUUGCCUUCAAAAAAAAGAGAAGAAAAGGCUUCACCAAGGGGCUGUCGAUUGCAGUUGAAAACCUUGAAGUCGGAAGGAAAAGAAGAUGUAACAAUGCAUCUGGAAGUGACACUAAUGAAACAAGCAAUCAAAAGAAGAGGAAACAUGAUGUUACCCAUGAAGCUGAUCCGGAGAGUGUAAUUUCAAGCCCUCAAAAUGUGCCCGAGGACAAACAUGAACUGCCAUCAAACCAAACCCAAGCACCACCAAGUGUUAUGGUAGUCCUCAGUGAAAUGGUGAAGAUCACAAAAGUAACGUAUGAGACAGAGUUCAUCAACAAAGUGUCAAACAUUGAGUGCUCAGAUGAUCCUUCUGAAGCAGGAACGAAGAUGGUAGAGGAGAAGAAGCAAGAUAGUGAUUGCAAUGAGGUGGGUUUUUUCAACACACAAACCCUCUCGAAAGCAAAAUUUUUCUCAUUACUAGUGUAACUAAUGAAUACUUUUUCUCUCUUGCUGUAGACUGGGAUAAAGGAGAAGGAUUCUGACGAUGGUGGCAUUGUAACAUGAGUUAACUGACAGGAGGUAUAAGCAUAUAAGGUUUGACCAAGUCUUCACUAAUGACCUCCCACAUUUGAAAGAGUAUCAAAAUUCACAAACAAGAGUUAUUGUUUCUCUUUUAUCGAUAUAGGGAACUCUAUGAAUCCUUAAGGGUUUGUUUCUGGAUAAGAUUUGAGUAUGUAAAUGGAUUUGAUUGGUUUCAAAACUCUCUCGAGAUGUUAUAUAACUCUGAGUCAUUAUUAUUUGUUUUUUUUUUCAUAUUUUAAGUGAGUAGAGAGAGUGUUGGUAUGUAGGUAAGAAUCGUUGGUUGCUUGUGUGUUGCAGAGUUUGCCUGAGCAAAUGAUUUGUCGGUUUCAAAGACUCGGUUUGAAAAUCAGUUUCGGGUUUUUAUUUGUUUGAUAAUGCUCUAUCUUGUUGAUGAUGAUGGCGUUUAGCCCACCAGCAGUGAAGUGAAAGUGUCAACGGCAUUGUCUCUUAUUUGUCUGUCACCGUCGCUGUUUCCAACUACGAGGACCUGAUGGCCCGGCCCAGUUUAUGGUGUUUUGUAUUUGAGCCUUGCCCAUUAUUUCAUGGACUAUAGAAUUUCAAAGUCAAAUUGAAUAUGCUAAAAAUAGCCGCAGAUCUUAGAGCAUGAUUAAUGGUGGGUUCUUAGAGUGAGUUUUCUAGCGGAAUAUAAGAACCUGUCUCUUAAUUUUUAACUAAAAUAGUUAAGACCCGGUUCUUAAAUAUCUUAUUUAAUAACUGGUUUUUAGUUUUUUUUAGUUAAAAGUUAAGAGAUGUGUUCUUAUAUUCCGAUAAGAACCUCACCCUAAGACCAUGAUUAAUCUGGGUUCCUAGGAUAGGAUUCUUAGCUUCGGCUAAGAACUGUUUCUUAACUUUUAACUAAGAAAAGCUAAGAACCGUCACUUAAAUAAGAGAUAUAAGAACCGGUUCUUAGCCGAAAAGUGUAAAAAAAACAAAAACAAAAAAAUGUCAAAUCAUGAGUUAAGAACCUCAAAUUAAGAAUCCGGGUUAAUCAUGCUCUAAGAAUCCACCAUUAAUCAUGCUCUUAGGUGAUGACAUUCCGCCAUAUCCCCUUUUUGCUUUGAGAUUAGGAUCUCAUUAUGAUGUCUUUCCACUUUUUUUUAUGCCGAAACCUUAAAGCCCUACGAAAAACAUAGCAAUAUUUGAUAUUUAUGCUGGCUGUGCAGAUAUUCGAAUUUCAUGCUUGCUUCUAAGGUUUCAGGAAUUUUCAUUAUUGAGAUUAUAAAAUAAUAAUAUUUCGUCUUUUAGAACAUUAUUGAAUGCAAAAUAAUUAUCUCUCGUCA